AUAGCAAAACUCGUGCUGACACAACACACAAGCACAAAUUGUGAACUGCGUGACGCCGCGAGGGGUUAAGUCAGCAAGCAAGCAGGCAGACAGCCAUGGCAGUCGCAAGCGCCGAGAACACGUCGUCGCUGCUCCCGCUCGACGGCCGCGUAGCGCUGAUCACUGGCGGCUCCCGCGGCAUCGGCCGCGAGGUGUCCUCCCAACUCGCCACCCUGGGCGCGCGCGUCGUGGUCAACUACGCGUCCAAUUCCGCCAGGGCAGACGAGCUCGUCGCGGAGCUCGCCUCCCGCGGCCACCAGGCCGUGGCCGUCCGCGCCGACGUGUCGGACCCGGACGCCGUGCACGCGCUCUUCGACCGCGCCGAGGAGGCGUUCGGGUCCCCGCCGCACAUCGUUGUCUGCUGCGCGGGCCUCCUCAAUGCCAAGUACCCGGCGCUCGCGGACACCGCCGUCGACGACUUCGACGCCAUGUUCGCGGUGAACGUGCGCGGGACGUUCCUCGUGUGCCGCGAGGCGGCGAACCGCGUGCCAGCCAACAGCGGCGGCCGCAUCGUGACGUUCUCGUCGUCCAUCGUUGGCACGCUCCUUCCGGGAUACGCAGCGUACACGGCGACCAACGCCGCCGUGGAGGCGAUGACGAAGAUCCUGGCCAAGGAGGUGGCGGCGAAGGGGGUGACCGCGAACGUGGUCGCGCCGGGGCCCGUGCGCACCGAGCUGUUCUUGGCCGGGAAGGACGAAGCGUUCCUGCGGAGGGUGGAGCAGCAGUCCAUGGGCCGCAUCGCCGAGACGACGGACGUGGCACCGGUGGUGGCGUUCCUGGCCAGCGACGCCGCGGCUUGGGUUAACGGCCAGGUCAUCAGGGUCAACGGCGGUUUUGUCUAAUAAGGGUCCAAGUGCGCCAGAUGUUCAGAUAUAGUGGUAUCUGCCACAUACGCAAGUUUUUUAAAAAAAAAUACGCAAAAAUGUGAGUGGCGCGUGUGUGUUUUAAUAAAAAAAAAUCAAGUUAUGCA